AUGCUUAGCGGCUUGUUUAACCUUUCCAAGACGUUCAUCGACCCUCUCAACAAUGAGGACGCCACGAUCGACAGCGACUGCAUCGUCAUCGACAGCCUCAUCAAGGAGAGCGCUAAUAUGGGAAGCCGUUGGACCCAAGGCGCCAAAGUUUUCCCGUUUUAA